AUGUGUGCUGGGAACCCGGAGCCGCGCUACCACUGCCUGCCGCUGGGCAGCGUCAACUCGAUGGGGCUGCCCAACCUGGGCUUCGACGUCUACCUGCGCUACGCCGCCGAGCUGCACGACUACGGCAGCAAGCCGCUGUUCCUCUCCAUGUCUGGUCUCCCAGUGGAAGAGAACGUGGUGAUGGUGCAGCGCCUCGCUCCUGUUGCGCGGGAGAGAAGCGUUGUGCUGGAGCUGAAUCUUUCCUGCCCGAACGUCCCUGGCGGGCCGCAGGUGGCGUACGACUUUGCAGUGAUGCGCUCAUACCUCCAGGAAGUCUAA